CCUGGCGCCGCACCCGUGCAUGCCUGUCUCCGGCCAAACUCUGAGGACGCGGCGGUGGAGGACAAGGGCAGGCGGAGACAGGCCGGGCACCCCUCUCGGAGGCCGGACGGCCCCGGCUUCGCUGGGGUCGCAGCGCGGCGGGCGGCGGGGAUCAUGGCAUCUCUGGCGGACCGAGUACGGGGCAGCGGGCGAAUAGCCGCCGGGCUCCUGUUCAACCUGCUGGUGUCCAUCUGCAUCGUGUUCCUCAACAAGUGGAUCUACGUGCAUCACGGCUUCCCCAACAUGAGCCUGACCCUGGUGCAUUUCGUGGUCACCUGGCUGGGCUUGUACAUCUGCCAGAAACUGGAUAUCUUUGCCCCCAAAAGUCUGCCGCCCUCCAAGCUCCUCCUCCUGGCCCUCAGCUUCUGCGGCUUUGUGGUCUUCACCAAUCUUUCCCUGCAGAACAACACCAUCGGCACCUACCAGCUGGCCAAGGCCAUGACCACGCCGGUGAUCAUAGCCAUCCAGACCUUCUGCUACCAGAAAACCUUCUCCACCAGAAUACAGCUCACGCUGUGGGUAGGAGCCAAACAGCACGAAUUGCAAGUGAACUCAAUGCAGCUGCUGUACUACCAGGCCCCGAUGUCAUCUGCCAUGUUGCUGGUCACUGUGCCCUUCUUUGAGCCAAUGUUUGGAGAAGGGGGAAUAUUUGGUCCCUGGUCAGUUUCUGCUUUGCUUAUGGUGCUGCUAUCUGGAGUGAUAGCUUUCAUGGUAAACUUAUCAAUUUAUUGGAUCAUUGGGAACACUUCACCUGUCACCUAUAACAUGUUUGGACACUUCAAGUUCUGCAUUACUUUAUUUGGAGGAUACGUUUUAUUUAAGGAUCCACUGUCCGUUAAUCAGGGUCUUGGCAUUCUAUGUACAUUAUUUGGCAUUCUCGCCUAUACCCACUUUAAACUUAGUGAACAGGAAGGAAGCAAGAGCAAACUGGUACAACGUCCUUAAUUCUGUUUUUGUGGAGAAGAGAAUGUUGCCUCAAGAAGCUAAAAAGUGUUGUUACGUGUGCAAGUUAUUUUCAAAAAAAAUUAUAGGGUGAAAUUCAUUGAAUGAUUUUCAAGAAGUAACACAAAGGAAAUUUUAUUCAUAAAAUGACUUUUUUAAGUCUUCUUUUUUAAAAACUAUUAAUUCUCUAAAACCAAAUGGUUUAUGCUUCUUUACAAAGAUGAUUGUAUAAGUAUAUAGGAUGGUUUGGUUAUACCAAGCACAUAAAAAUUUAAGGUCUAUGAUAAUGACAAAGGAAUUAUUGUUAUUGUGCUACAAAUGUAUUGUGCUUCUCAGUGUUUACACUCUUCUAAGGACGGACACACAGGACCUCUGUAUUUGCUAGUAGAUGGUUUCUCUAUGUGAGAUUUGUUAUAAUUUUGGUCAGACUGUUCAAGUCAAUUUAAAUCUAGCAUUUUUAUUUUAAUUGGUUUAGUUUAACUUCCUGAUUAUAGAAAUGAAAUGUUAUUUAUAAAGUAUAAUAGAGAAGAUGACCAUAAGACCAAAUCCAUUUCUAAAAGCACUAUUUUUCUAGCAGAAAGUUGAUGUAAGAAGUUGUAUACUAUCCAGAAAAACUACAGUUUUUAUGGGUCUUCUCUUGUUGUUUAGCUUUCAGUGAACUGUAGAACCUAUGCAGAGUUAAAAAACAGAAUGUUUUUUUUGCUCAAAAACCAUGAUGAAAUGGCUCAAAGAAAAGAUAAGAGAUGGAAUUGAACAGGUGUAUUAGACUGCUUACUAUUUUCCUGGCCAUUCUGAGCAUUUCAUAUUGGUGAUUUCUUAAUACCCCCUCCCUGCUACCAGUCCCUACCCCUGCAUUUGAGGCAUCCACGGAGCUUUCUGAACAGUAAGCAGAAACGUGGUGAAAAAUACGAGGAAAGAUUUGAAAGAGAAGUAGAAAAAUAAUUAACUAGUUCAGUGAGUUUUUACAGUUACCAUUUCUAAAAAUUGGGGUAUUUAGAGGAAAUACAUGAUUUCCAUUUAAGGAAAUAUAGUGCCACAUAUUUAAUUGCAAAAUAUAUUUCUGCCUUCCACCUUUUUGACGAUUGACUUAUAAAAACAGUUCUUGAUCAUCUCAUAUAAUACAUUGAGAGAUCAUUCCUCUUGUAAUACAUAAUACUUUUUCUAAAUGUUACAUAAACUUUAAGAGAGAAAACUCUUAAGUAAACAAAGAGCCACAUAUACAAAAUACACCUGUCAGUAAGAUGGUAAAUUUUAUGUUAUAUGGUUUUUACCACAAUAACACAUACAUGCACACCCUCUUUUGGGUUUUUUUAGGAUUUUUUUUUCCUAGACUGUUAGGAAUGAGAAGCCUCACUGAAACUCUAUUUUGAAGAAUUUCAACUUGUCAAUCAGUCUGUUGUGUGAUUAAUGUAUGUGGUUUCCUAUUUUUGUUUUAAAUAUUCUUUGGUUCUUCUCGGUAUAUUUUCUUGUGCUAAGAAGUAACAAAGCAAUUCGUUUUUGCCAGAUAAACCUUGAGUAUUAUGUUUGUCUGAGAAACAUUCUCUGUGUAUGUUUAAAUUAACAUAAUUAUUUCUCAAAAGCCAGAAAAAAGUGUUUUAGCACCGUGAGGGUUAUUUGACUUCCGUGCACUGAGAGCAGCUGAGUUGAUUUGUGCCAUGUACAAAUUCUUAACUGUAAAUAAAACUUGGGGAGGGAGUUGUAGAAAAAUAUGUCACUUCUAGGAAUGCAGUAAGAUGGCUGGAACAAGACAGGGUUAAUGAAUAAAAUAUGUAUUGCUAGAAAUAGAGUCGGAUAAACGUUUUUUUGCCCUGAAGACAAUCAUCCCAUUGCAAAGAAAAUUCCUGGGGAAAAAAUGUGCCUGGUGACCAGGACCAAGCACAGAGACAAACCAGAUGCAGAUGAAGAAAACAUGCUGUCUUUUUGUUAUCAAUGUAACUAGACUUGUUUUUUAUCCUGUGUUAAAUGACUGAACUUCAGUUUUUACCUGUUAAAAAUAAAGACAACCUCUUUUUACUUUUGUAUUGUGUAUUUGAGCCAAUGGAAGAAGGGUAGUAACUGUGUGUGUAUGCAUGCUAACGCUGGCCUCUUCAGCUCCCAGAAUUCCAUCUCCCUUUUAAAAUUAAAAUAACAUAGAUGAGAAAUCUUUGUGAAAUGAAGUAAGCUUUUUCCUGUUUCAUUUUUAAAAAUACUUUUUAAACGUUGGUGUUAUUAAACUGUUAAUGCCUUCUCUUUUUAAAACUUUGUUUCAAAGAGCAGCAUUAAUCUAGCAUUCGACAUCCUAUCCAUCAAUAAAUAGCUAUUAGGUGAAUGAGUAUGCAGAAUGGCCAAAGGUUGAAAGUUUGAUUGAAACAAUGGAGUGCAUUAUAUUUUGAUUCUGUUGAAAAUAAAGAAUGGAGGCCAGAUUUAUUAGA